AGGGAAGUUGCCCCGGGCCGGCUCGGGGGGAGGGGGGUCACCUUUGCCCUGCAGCCGCCUCGGAGGUGGUGCCUCCCCCGGCGCCGCUCCGUACUUAAUGCGCCGCCGGGACCUCUUGGCUCAGACUCGCAGGACUGCCCGUGGUCUCCGAGGAGCCUGCGAAGGAGGUGCGCCGCGCCGGGGCCGACCGGGGCAGGGCGUGUUGGAGCCGGGACACGGGGUGCUGGAUGUGGGUGGAGCCGCAGCCAUGAGGGUCUGGACCGUGUUGCUCGGAGCCGUGCUGCUGCUGGCGGCCUGCCAGGCCGACGUCCAGGACGUGGAGACCAAGGUCAAGGCCAAGUGGGAAGAGACCGUGGAAGUGUUUCGGGAGUACGUGAACCGGCUGAGCCUAGCUACCGAUGACAUCACGGAGCAGAUCACCAGCUCCCAGAUGGGCAAGGAAAUGGACAUGCUGAUCAAGGACGUGGUGGCGGAGCUGCACGCGUACAGAAAGGACGUGGAAGAACGGCUGGGCCCGCAAGCGGUGGUGAUGCGGGAGCGGCUGCAUACAGAUGUGACGGUGCUGGGCGAGCGGCUGCGUGUUGACAUGGAGGAAGCCAAGACCCGGGUGCAGCAGUACCUGGGUGAGGCUCGCCAAGUGGCGGGCCAGAACCUGGAAGAUGUGCGCAGCCGCGUGGGCACCUACUUGCGCAAGCUGCGCAAGCGUCUGGCCAAGGACACAGAGGAGCUGCGCCGCAAGCUGGAGGCCUACAGUAAGGAAGCCACCCAACACCUGGAGACCGUGCGCGAGGACCUGGAGCCGCUGCGCGAGAAGGGGCAGCAGCGCCUGGAGACCCUGCAGCAGGCACUGCGUGACCAGGGCCAGCGCUUGCGUGAGCAGCUGGAGGUGCGCGCCCAGGAGAUGCGUGGCUCCCUGGACCGCGCAGCCACGCAGCUGCAAGAGUGGCUCGAACCCUUCCUUGAGGACAUCCGCACCCAGAUGCAGGGGCUGCUGGACAAGCUGCAGGCUAAGGAGCAGCAGUAGGCGCUUCCCCAGCCCCGCAGGGCCUGCUGCCCCCACUGGCCUCUGCACUUGCUAGGGACCCCUCCCCAGCCCCGUGCCCCCCUCAGUCUCCACUGUCACGCUCUCAAUAAAGGCCUGCUUCAGGCA